AUGAUGAAACUCAUUGUUGUCCUUCCUGUAUUCAGUUUGUUGUAUGCUGCUCAGUUUUCCAAUGCCGAUGAACUAGAGAGUCCAUCUGAAGCCCCGGCUACAAAUAUGAAAGGAGGACAAGGUUCACUGAAACCAGAAGAAUGUCCGAAAGCAUGCGAUUUCCGAUGCUCAGCAACAUCUCACCAGAAGCCAUGCCUAUUCUUUUGUAAUUUAUGUUGUAAAAAGUGUUUGUGUGUGCCAUCGGGAACGUAUGGACAUAAAGAAGAAUGUCCUUGUUAUAAUAACUGGAAAAACAAGGACGGUGGACCAAAAUGUCCAUAAUAUCAAAAAUAAAACUGAAAAUAUGUUUAAUGUUUUUUCUUUAAAAUAUCUAUGUAUUUGACCAUAUUUAAUUUGUAAUAUCAAAUAAAAUAUGAAGUUUCGUUUUCACUGCAAGACUAAAUAUAUGACAUACAUAAAGAAGACUGGCUCCCAUAUUCUUACAAACGCAAAAGCUAGUUCCCUAAUAUCAUAAAACCUGAUUUUUUUUUGUCGUAAAAACAAACACAUCAUAAAACCUGAUUAAACAUUAAAUUUUCGAGAUUUGGGGUUUAACAUAAUUUUCUUGCCUUUCGGAGUGUACUAGAGGGUUCAAUUUUUCUUUUCCAUAAAUCUUUGGUCAUAUUUGUGUGGAAAGCUCAUUGCGCUUUAAUUACAAUCAUAGACAAAAUUAAUCACUCAAGAUUAUAUUUUUCAUUCUCUUCUUACCUAUUUUC